ACUUAUUCCAGUGUUUUGGUAUUUUGUGGUGCAUUCUAAUGAUUUUUGAGUGAUUUCCGGUGUUUUUCGAUAAAAUUUUGGAGGAUUACGGUCAUUAUGUUCAGAACUUGAACAAACCGCUAUUACAAAUGCCGCAAAUUGGUGCAUUUUCGACAUUUUAACGGAACCGACACAGUUCCGUGAUAAGAACCGCCCUCUAGGCUCUAGCUGCCCGCUUGUUUUAAUUGAUUUAGUAGGUCUCCUAUUUUGAUUAGAAUUUUGUGUGUGCAUUGGCCGAGCAGUACUUAGUUUUAUCGCUUGUUAUUAAUAACUUCCUAAUAUCUUUGUAAACCUCUCAAGACUCAAUGUGAAACUGGAAGUGAAAUCGUACAUGCUGAACUGGGCUGAAACUCGUUGUUUUAAGGACUUUGCAAGCCAUGAAAGAAAUUGAUCGGCACGCAAACUCGCACAACCUUCCGUCGCCGGCGUAACGCAAACCUCGACCGUGCAUCGCCCCCCGUCGCCCGCGGCAACCCCCCCCCCCCGCAACAAGCAUGGCGAUGAGCAAGGGAUUCCGCGUUCACUUCAAGAACGACCUUCAGAGUCCGUUCAGCAUCCUGUUGGAGCGUCGUGGCCGCGAGGAGACCGUCCUCUUCGAGUCCGGCGCGAUCGCGCUUCUGUCUCCUCAGGAGACGGACGCGGUGCGGCGGCAGUACGCGCCGCUAACGAGCGCCUACUGCUGCCUCGGCGUGCUCGAGCUGCGGCUCGACGACGCCACGACGAUCUCGUACCUCACUCUCGUCACGGGAUGCGUGUCCGCGGGCCGCGUCGGCGACUCCGAGUUCUUCCGCGUCACGGCGACCGCGUUCGUCUCGCUGCGUAACCGCGGCGACGACGAGGAGCGCAUCGACGACGUGCGGCGCCACCUGGACUCCGGGUCGUUCUACUUCUCGUGGUCGGCGGCCAGCGGCGAGCCGGCGCGCGACCUCGGGCUGCGCGCGCAGCGCGUCGCCGCGGCGACCGAAACGGACGAGCGCUUCUUCUGGAACUGCGCGCUGCACGCGCCGCUCGCGCGAUACGGAGUCGCCGCGGGAGACUGGCUCGCGAGGCUGAUGUGCGGCGGCGUCGAGGUGCGGACGAUCUACGUCGGGCACCGUCGCGCGAAGGCGUGCGUGAUCUCGCGGCUGAGCUGCGAGCGCGCGGGAACGCGGUUCAACGUGCGCGGCGCCGACGACGACGGCCACGUCGCGAACUUCGUCGAGACCGAGCAGGCCGUGUUCGUCGACGACGCCGUCGCGUCGUACGUGCAGACGCGCGGCUCCGUCCCGCUCUUCUGGGAGCAGCCAGGAGUGCAGGUCGGAUCGCACAGGAUCCGCAUGUCGCGCGGGCACGAGAUGCACGCGCCCGCGUUCGACCGGCAUCUGAGCGACACGCGCGAUCUCUACGGCGACCAGGUCAUCGUGAAUCUGUUGGGGAGCAAGGAGGGAGAGCGCGUGCUGAGUCAGGCGUUUCAGUCGCACCAUCGCGCGUCGCAGCACUGGGGCGCGAUCCCGCACGUGGCGUACGACUACCACGCGAUGAUCAAGGGCGGAAACAAGGAUAACCUCAAAGUGCUUCGCGGGAAGCUACAGAAGCAGCUCGACUCGUUCGGAUUCUUCCACGAGCAGGGAGACGACGUGCGACAGCAACAGUCCGGAGUGAUCCGCACCAACUGCCUCGACUGUCUCGACCGAACCAACAACGUGCAGACGUACCUCGCGAUGCUCGUGUUGCCACGGCAACUCGCCGCGCUCGGCCUCGCGACGCCGUCGAUCGUCUCGCGCUGCGAGGACGUGUUCCGCGCGAUGUGGGCCGAGAACGGAAACCACGUGAGCCGCAUCUACGCCGGCACGGGCGCGCUCGACGGGAAAACGAAGCUGAAGGACGGCGCGCGCUCGGUGACGCGCACGAUCCAGAACAACUUCCUCGACUCCGGCAAGCAGGAGGCGAUCGACAUCCUGCUGGUCGGCGUGGCGACGCGCGGCGCGGCGAGGGACCGCGCACGCGCCCUCCUCCCAGCGCGCCUCCUCCCGCGCGCUCCCCCCGCGCUGCUCCGCGACGCAUGCGCGCGCCACCUGGAGUUCACGCGCCACGUCCCCGUGCGCAUUACCAUCGGCACGUGGAACGUCAACGGCGGCGGCACCGCGCGAAACAUCGCCUUCCGCCACCACUCGCUCGCCGACUGGCUCCUCGACAACCACCUUCGACAACAAUCGGCGUCCCUCGUCGACGUCGCCGCGGCAACCGCGGAGGACUGGAGUAAACCCGUCGACAUCUUCGCGGUGGGCUUCGAGGAGAUCGUCGACUUGAACGCUUCGAACAUCAUGAGCGCGAGCACGGAGAACCAGAAGUCGUGGCGCGACGAGAUCCAGCGGACGAUCUGCCGAGACCGCCGCUACGUCGUCGUCGCGUCCGAGCAGCUCGUCGGCGUCUGCCUCUUCGUGUUCGCGCGGCCCGAGCACGCGCCGCACGUGCGCGACGUCGCCGCGACGACCGCGAAGACCGGCUUGGGCGGCGCCACGGGUAAUAAGGGCGCCGUCGCGAUCCGGCUGCAGUUCCACGCGACGUCGAUGGCGUUCGUGUGCGCUCACCUCGCCGCGGGGCAGUCGCAGGUCGCCGACCGCAACCGCGACUACGCGGAGAUCGCGCGCGCGAUCGCGUUCCCGCCCGCGCGCACGCUCGCCGGACACGACUACGUGUUCUGGUGCGGCGACUUCAAUUACCGCAUCGACAUGCCGAUCGACGACGUGAAAGACUGCGUGCGUCGCGGCGAUUUUGCCGCGCUCACCGCCGCCGACCAACUCACGACGCAGCGCGACGCCGGGAACGCGUUCGCGGGGUACCGCGAGGGUGCGCUGUCGUUCGCGCCGACGUACAAGUACGAUCUGUUCAGCGACGACUACGACACGAGCGAUAAGCAGCGCGCGCCGGCGUGGACAGACCGCGUGCUGUGGCGGCGGCGUGUGCAUCCCGGCGAGGACGCCGCGUUCGAUGCCGACCGGCUCCUGCAUUACGGACGCGCAGAGCUGAAGACGUCCGACCACCGGCCCGUCGUCGCGAUGAUCGAGGUCGAAGUUCAGCGCGUCGACGCGGCGCGGCGCGAGCGCGCGCUCCGCGACGCCGUCCGCGCGCUAGGACCGCCCGACGCCACCGUCGUCGUCUCCCUCGACGACGAAGAUGCGGCGGAGGAGGAUGCUGCGAGCGCGCUCGACGAUGAGUUUGUCGACGGCGUCGUCGAGCGUCUGGGCGCCGUCGGCGAUCUCGUCCUCGUGCGAUUCGUCGGCGCGACGAUGUGGGCGACGUUCGGCGAGGAGAGGCAGGCGCUGAGAGCGAGCGAGCUCGGAUCGAUCACGGUCGGCGGCCGCCGCGCCGCCGUCUCCCUCAAGACCCCCGACUGGGAGGAGAGAGUCGAUCGAGAGCUGAAGAUCGGGGUCAACGCCGGCGGCGGAGGGGUAGAGGACGCCACGGUCGACCGCGAGACGAACGAGACGCGCUUCGCAUACGAGAUGGGAGGCAGAGACGAUGACGAUGUCUCGGUCGGGUCGUCCGGCCGCGAGACGCCCGAGACGCUCGCGACGGAGAAACCGAGACGACCCCCGCCUCCGCGGCGACCCCCGCCGCCUCAGCGACCCGUGGCGCCCCCUGUCGCCGCCCCGCGCGCCCGCGCCCGCGCCGGCGUCGUCAACAUCAGAACGCCUCCGCGACCCCCGGGGUCGGACGCGGCGGUGACGGUGAGGAGUCCGUUUUCGCCGGCGGCGGGGAAGGUUGCUCACUUGCCUCCGCCGCUGCUGCCGCUCGCCGGAAUGUCGAAGCCGUCAAGCACGACCGACCUGCAGUCAUGGCCGCCAGAGGGCGCCGUCGGUGGCACACGUCCCGGAAUUCCGAGGAAUUGGAGUUGGGACGCGGUCCUGGACACGGGUCAGCCGGACGAGGGCGGGUGUGCGCCUGGAAGUCCCGGAACUCCGCCCGAACUCUCAUUCGACCUCGGCGAUCCGGGAACCCCUCCUCCGCACCCGGACGAUUUUGCGGAACUAGGUGAUCCCGGAACCCCGCCCCUUCUUUCCGGGGAUUUUAGCGAACUUGGAGAUCCGGGAACCCCGCCUCCGCUUCCGGACGACUUUGCGCAUCUCGGGGAUCCCGGAACGCCGCCCCCGCUCCCCGGGGAUUUCACGCAGCUCGGUGAUCCGGGAACGCCGCCUCCGCUCCCGGAGAAUUUUGCGGAAUUCGGCGAUCCCGGAACUCCGCCUCUUUCGCCUCCGGAACUUCCUGGAAACGAGCGGUUCUUCUUUCCUAUCGACAGCGACAAAAGUGGCCAGCGCGUCAUAGCGACCAGACCACCUCCCCCAAUACCCACCAGGAGGGCGCCCCCGCCUCCUCCGAGAUAG